GAAGAAUAAGAAGUGCACAAGUCGUGGUCUGUGACGUCACUAGCAGUGCUGUGUCAAAAUCGGAUAACGUUCUCAUAUGUGCUCUGAUUAUUAAUUAAUUUGCAGAUGUAGCUACACAGUCGCGCAAAGCAUUGUAAAGUGAAAACAAACCGACAAACCUACGAAAACCUAACCUAUAGCUUCAUUCAACGACAAUGAAAGAUUCAAUGGGUCCCGGUCUCUGUUUCGUCCAAUUUUCACAACUCUAGAGCUGGAGCGAGAACUGGUCCGAAAACAUGACAUCAUUCAAGAGUAUUGAUUAAUGGCAUUUACCUCUGCUAAGGAUUUUCCGUCAAUUCAAUGGAUAAAGUCAAAGCUCUUGCUCUAGAACUUGGCUUUGUAGAAACUUUUAAUGUUUGUCAGCCAGUUAAAUCCGUCUGUCAAGAGAAAGGAGGGUUGCUGAAUUUUGAUUUUGUAAUAGUGAUUGAUUUUGAAUCAACUUGUUGGGAUACCAAAGAUAAACAAUCAAAAUGGCAAAACUUAGCUGAAAUCAUAGAAUUUCCCGCAGUCUUGCUAAAUUUGAAAACUGGUAAAAUUGAGGAUGAAUUCCACCAGUAUGUAAUGCCUGUGGAAAAUCCAACUUUAUCAGAAUUUUGUACAAAAUUAACUGGCAUCACUCAGGAAACAGUCAAUGCUGGAAUACCUUUGGGGACAUGCAUAAUGCUUUUUAACAAGUGGAUUAACCAAAUGUCCCUGGAAAGAAAAAUGACGUUUCACAAGCCAUGUAUUGGACACAAAACUUGUACUUUUGUCACAUGGUCAGAUUGGGACCUUUCCAUGUGCUUACAAAAUGAAACAAAGCGGAAGCAGCUGAAGAAACCAGAUGUUCUUUCUCAGUGGAUUGACUUACGUCUUAGCUACAGAAAAUUCUACCAGCGGAAACCUCAAGGACUUAAAGGAGCUCUGGCAGAAUUAGGAUUGCCUUUUACUGGUAGAGAGCAUUCUGGUAUAAUUGAUGCUAGGAAUACUGCUAAUCUUGUGUAUCGAAUGGUCAAAGAUGGCUGGCAACUCAUAAUCACCAGCUCUACACAGCUGUCAUCACCCCAGGUAAAUGCAAAGAGGUGCCCUUUAGGAACUUUAAAAAACUCAGGAACUCCUCUAAGUAGAGAAGGACAGUCCAAAGGACGCACAUUGAGGAGUACCUUUUUAAACCAUAGUAAGCCAGAAAAAGACAAUCUUGUAAAGCUGUGUCUAGCCCCUGGUAACAUCUAUAAAGAUAAAAGUAAUAAAAAGACUGUUGGCAAUGGGUUACUUGGAAAGACUAGUCCCUUCAAUUCUUCAAGAAAUGUUCCAGACAAUAAUAAUUUUAUGAAUAAUGUCUUGAAUACAUCCACUCCCAAAAGGCAAAAUUUAGUCUUAUCAAGCUGCAAGCGCACCCCUCCCUUGUGUCGUUGUGGACGUAGAGCUGUAUGUAAAGUUGCUAACUCUCCUGGACCUAACCAGGGUCGCAGUUUCUUUACUUGUCCUAAUCCGCGCCGAUCUUUAGGAAUGGUUUCAAAAUCGUGCAGCUAUUUUAUGUGGUGCUGAAUCUUGUUUAAAUAAUCCAGAAAUAUAAGUAAAAUACA